UAUAGAUUUGAUAGUAUUAAUAUAGAAAAGCAGUACAAUUUUAUUUCUAGCAUAACCAGUACAAAAAUAAAAAUUGAUUCUUUGAUUAAAUAUAAGUGAGAUGUACAACUUUACAAUCUUAUAUGUAUGUGAUAUCAUCAAAAAGGAUUGUAGUUGGAUGUAUUCAAUUAAUUAUGCGAUGUGGUCGUAAUAAUCUCGAUGUUGACGACGUAGACGAUAUGCCCGAAUAUGACGUUCAUGAUGUCCCUGUGCAUUUCCAACCGCAAAUCUUUCCUAUGGCUUUGCAACAACGACAAGAGGUCUUUCAACAUAGACCAGAUGCACCAGGAACGAGAAGACGUUCACCACCAGAAAUUGUUUCAAAGAUGAUUCAGGCUUUGGAAGAAUUAACUGAAACAAAAUCAUUGCCCGCCAUCGACAAGGUGCGCGGUUGUCAUCGACUUACAUUCGAAUCUUCUUUUCGACUGGUAAAUGAAGAAAAUAGUUAA